GUGGGAGGCGAUAUAUCUUCAGCCCAAGCAGUUCUACUCAGAGCUUUAGCUCCUGGUGUUAACGCUCCAACAUGGAAUACACUAAAAUCGACGUUUCUGAUGUUGGGUAUUUGCCUUGCUGUUAUGCUGGGUUUAGCUUUCUCCUCUAGUGGCUCUUCUUUGAUUCUUCAUGUUUCUUUCCUCGUUCUAAUUGUCGUUGCCCUAUUCUUGCUUCUUAAUUGGUUCCUUGAACAUACCGGUUUGGUUUCCAUCGAACAUCAAAUGCAAGAGAUGGACUUGAUAGCGAAAGAUUGUACGAGAUAA